AGCGGCGUUGGCGAUGGUGGCGGUCUCGUCAGUCUAGCAGCAGGAAGAGGAUGUUUGCUUCCAGUGAAAGAAUAAUAUCACCUGAUCACAAGUCUUUAUAACAGAGUAAACCGCCGUACAGUGUUUCUGCUGAGCUUGCUGGGAUCUAGACAGCUCAUUCCCACAUCUGGACCCGGCUUCUGAGAGUCUGAAGCAGGGCGCUGCUGGAUAAGAUGUCCCUGUUCCAGUCGGCACUGGAUUUCCUAGCCGGGCCCAGCUCGUCCGGAGCGGCCAGCCGGGACCAGAAUGACUUCGUCGGGCAAGUCGUUGAGCUCGGCGACAUGAAACUGAGGAUCAAGAGGGUGAUCGCAGAAGGCGGAUUUGCCUUUGUGUAUGAAGCCCAGGACAUGAGCAGCGGUAAAGACUAUGCUCUCAAGAGGCUGCUGUCCAAUGAGGAGGAGAAGAACAAGGAAAUCAUACAGGAAGUCUGCUUCAUGAAAAAGCUGUCGGGUCAUCCCAAUAUGGUCCAGUUCUGCUCUGCCGCCUCCAUCAGCAAGGAGGAGUCAGACACCGGACAGGCCGAGUUCCUGAUCCUCACUGAGCUGUGUAAAGGUCAGCUGGUGGACUUUAUAAAGCGGGUAGAGCAGAGGGCUCCCCUGUCAUGUGACACUGUGCUGAAAAUCUUCUACCAGACGUGCCGCGCCGUGCAGCACAUGCACAAACAGAAACCUCCAAUCAUACACAGAGACCUCAAGAUUGAGAACCUCUUGAUUAGUAACCAGGGCACCAUCAAGCUUUGUGACUUUGGCAGCUCCACCACAGUGUCACAUUACCCUGACUACAGCUGGUCAGCACAGAAGAGGUCGAUGGUGGAGGAUGAGAUCACAAGGAACACCACUCCAGCGUACCGAACGCCAGAGAUGAUUGAUCUCUACUCCAACUUCCCCAUCAAUGAGAAACAGGACAUCUGGGCCCUGGGAUGCAUCCUCUACCUGUUGUGUUUUAAGCAGCACCCAUUUGAGGACGGGGCCAAGCUGCAAAUCGUCAAUGGGAAAUACUCCAUCCCUCAGAAUGAUGUCAAGUACACUGUGUAUCACGACCUCAUACGUUCUAUGUUGAAGGUGAACCCAGAGGAGCGUCUGUCUAUUACAGAAUUGGUCAACCAGCUCCAGGAGAUAGCAGCAGCACGCAAUGUCAACCCCAAGUCUCCCAUUACAGAGCUGCUGGAGCAGAACGGAGGUUUUGGCAACAAUGGAGCCCAGCCACCCAUGCAGAUCCACAACGUGCACAAUAAUGCAGGCAUGUACGAUCCUGAUCAGACGGGCAGUGGCCUCUUGGAUAUCUUGAGGGGAGGAACAGAGCGCUUCUUGACUAACAUAAAGGACACGUCCUCUAAAGUUAUCCAGUCAGUAGCCAGCAACCCAAGCUAUGCCAAAGGGGACCUGGAUAUUUCAUACAUCACCUCCAGAAUAGCAGUCAUGUCCUUCCCAGCAGAGGGGGUGGAGUCAGCGAUAAAGAACAACAUUGAGGAUGUCCGUCUGUUCCUGGAUUCACGUCAUGCUGGCCACUACGCUGUCUACAACCUCUCUAAACGAUCUUACAGGCCUUCGCGAUUCCACAACAGGGUUUCAGAGUGUAACUGGCAGGUGCGCCGUGCCCCCAACCUCCGCAGUCUCUACAGUGUGUGUAAGAACAUGCAUCUAUGGCUCAAACAAGACCAGAGGAACAUCUGUAUUGUACACUGUCUGGAUGGCAGGGCAGCAUCAGCAGUGGCAGUUUGCUCCUUCCUGUGUUUCUGUCGCCUUUUCACCACCGCUGAGGCUGCUGUCUACAUGUUCUCAAUGAAACGCUGCCCACCUGGCAUAGCACCCUCACACAAGAGGUAUAUUGAGUAUAUGUGUGACAUGAUGGCGGAGGAGCCCAUCAUCCCCCACAGCAAGCCCAUAAUAAUUCGCUCUAUCGUCAUGACACCUGUGCCGCUGUUCAAUAAGCAGCGUAAUGGAUGCAGGCCGUUCUGCGAAGUUUAUGUUGGAGACGAGAGGGUCCUCACCACUUCACAGGAGUACGACAAGAUGAAGGAUUUUAAGAUAGAGGAUGGGAGAGCAGAGAUUCCCCUCAAUGUGACAGUACAAGGAGAUGUACUGGUGGUGAUCUAUCAUGCAAGAUCUACACUGGGAGGACGUUUACAGGCCAAGAUGGCAUCCAUGAAAAUGUUUCAGAUCCAGUUCCACACGGGCUUCGUGCCCAGAAACGCAACCACUGUCAAGUUUGCAAAGUAUGACUUAGAUGCCUGUGAUAUCCAGGAGAAGUACCCAGAUUUGUUCCAGGUCAACUUGGACAUUGAGGUGGAACCCAGGGACAGACCCACCACUAAAACCCCUCCAUGGGAGGGUUUCCAAACCAAGGGCCUCAACCCCAAGAUCCUUUUCUCCUCCCGUGAUGAACAACAGGAGAUCCUCAGCAAAUUUGGUAAGCCAGAGCUGCCUCGUCAGCCAGGUUCCUCAGCAUCUUAUGACUCAGAGUCGCCCCAACCAGUUCAGACCCCAGAAGGCUCCAAUGCAACAGAACCAGAAUCUCCUGUGAGCACUGAUACCAACGCCAACAACUUCUUCCAGACACUUGAUUGGGAAGAUGUGAGUGUCCCUCAGGAUGGUUCAGACAGUCAAGGAGGGGGACCCAUGGAUGACCAGGAAGACUUGAGUGAUCAAUCAGAAGGAGAGUCCUACUCCUAUUCUGCCCCCAGUGGAGAGCCACUGUCACGUGACCCCAGCGAACCACUGUUUGAUGCUGACUUUGAGACGUCCACUCCUGCGGCCCAGGAAUCUGCUGUUGGUGACACAGCUGAUCUUCUGGGGUUGAACUCUGACCCCGAACCUCCUUCCAUGUCCUCGACCUCUUCCUCUGCUCCUCGUCAAGGAGUCCAGGGAGGACUGAAAGCUGCAUCAAGCAACAGCGACCUCCUCAAUGAUCUGUUUGCACCCCCUGCUGGUCAGACAGGAGCAGUACAGGAAGACUUGUUCUUUAGUGGGCCAACCAGUGGGGCCACGCCAGAAUCAAAACCCAUGGGUGACCUGUUUGAUCCGUUUGGGAUGGGGUCUGGCUCUGGUGUUGGCUCCAGUGUGGGUUCAUCUCGGCAGGCCUCUGGUCCGGACCUGUUUGGAGACUUGUUGGGUUCUGAUAGUUCAGCCACCAGUGGGUUCAGUUCGGCUCACAGUAACCCCGCUCCUGCUUCCAACACCAGCCUCUUCAACCUCAAUAAGCUAGUGAAUGAUGCCCCCAAGAUGACAUCGUCAGCCAGCCAACCAGACCUGCUGGGUGGGUGGGACAGCUGGGCAGCUGGUACUAACGCUGGCAUGAGCACCACCACCAGCAAACCCAACUAUACCAACACAGCUUCUGGCGUGACAUCUAUGUCAAAGGCAAAGUCUCAGACCUUUGAUCCUUUUGCCGACCUAGGAAACCUGGGCUCAACUUUAUCAGGUUCCUCCAGCAGUAAUUUUUCAGGGCCUUCUUUUAGCACAAAGGCUCCCUCCUCCUCUGCUUCCUCCUCUUCCAAGCCUCAAGCCCAGCCCUGGCAAUCUGGAAGACCCAGCUCAGCUCAGAACAAACCUUGGAUGCCGGGAUCAGGAUCUGGAUCUGCACCCAAAGCAUCCUCAGCAUCUCAGCCUGCGGGCACACACCCCACCAAACCCAACUACAACCUCAGCUUCUCUAGUGUCAUCGGUGGGAGAGAGGAGAGAGGAGUUCGUGGGCCUGGAUUUGGCCCCAAGCCCAAGGUAAAGGAGGAUGAUUUUGAGGACCUGCUGUCAACUCAGGGUUUUGCCUCUAAGCCUGAUAAGAAGGGACCAAGGACCAUUGCUGAAAUGAGGAGGCAGGAGAUUACAAAAGACAUGGAUCCACUCAAACUGCAGAUCCUAGACUGGAUUGAGGGGAAGGAGCGAAACAUUCGGGCGCUGCUGUCAACCCUGCACACGGUGCUGUGGGAGGGUGAAACCCGCUGGAAACCUGUGGGCAUGGCUGACCUGGUGACACCUGACCAGGUGAAGAAGUACUACAGGAAGGCUGUGCUGGUUGUCCAUCCAGAUAAGGCAACAGGCCAGCCUUAUGAACAGUAUGCUAAAAUGAUCUUCAUGGAAUUGAAUGAUGCCUGGUCAGAGUUCGAGAACCAGGGAUCCAAAGCACUCUUCUAAAUCCCUGGUCUGGAUCCCAGGUAGACCAGACCAGACCAAACUGGACUGGAUUUGGCCUAACCAAAAACAGGGUUAGACUGGGCCAGAUUAGACAGGACUGAGCCCACAUUGGGCCUUAGGGGGCAAAGAGCCUCUGAGAGGUGUCCUCUCUACCAUUCCCUUCACUCCCUUCUUCCUUCUUUACGUUCUUCAGUUUCUACAGUCAAGGAAAAAGAUCAUUUUCCUCAUGCCUGGCUGUAGAGAAAAUUUCCUCUCCGGUUCAUAAACCGCCAGUUAAAUGUCGUGAUCGUUCUUAAACUCACUGCCUACCUGUACAACUGCCUGAGUGGUGCUGCAAAGGAGGGAGGAAUGGGCGACAAUCACACAAAGAAGACAAAAUGGCAAAGAAAUCGGAUAAUACAAGGACUUUUAAAAAUGACCAAGAUGAUUAUCAUGACAGUGAUAUUCAGAUAAAAACAUGUAAUGAUCCUACACUAAUAAAAUGCUGGUAAGUUUUGGCUGUGGCUGGUAAGUUUGUCAUUUGUGCCUGGCAACAUUCAGUCAUUUAGCUUGACUGAUUAAAAAAUAAAAAAUUAAAAUGGCUGUAAAAUUUUCAGCAUGCCAGCCAACGUGGAAGUCUGCAAAGCAUAAUUUAAACAAAGUUUUUACGCUCACCUGCCUCAAAGUAUAACAAACAGUGCUGAUGGGUCUUGGAACACACCAGCCACAGCAACAAAUGGUCAAGAAAACACCUGAAUUCUUAAUGCAAAAGCAGGAUUUUGAAACAAGGUAGAUCUGUUGAAAAUACCCAUAAAUACUCUGAAGUGCCACAGCUGCACCUUGUGAAGCCAACAUUCGGCUGGGUUUGUUCUUGAGCUGUUUCCUGUCCAGAACGACAAGACUAUUGCCUGCUGAACACUACUAGUGCUGCUUCUAUCAUUGCAGUUAUUUCUACGCACACUCCUCAGAUUGAUGUUAAAAUCUGUAUCCUAAACUUCUAACUUCUGACAAAGGACAAGAACUUGUUUUGGAGCCCUAUAUAAACCCAAGCGGGCUGUCUGUUGUUUUUGAAGUGCUCUUUGAAUUCCACACACACUCAGGCUACUCUGUGUAGCUAACUGCAUGCUCUCCGACACCAAACCUCUAAACGACAGGAGGUGAGUGUGUUUGAUUUCAAACCAGGGUAGUCCAAAGGGGCGGUGGCUGUUUUUAUUGAAGUGCUCUUUCUCUUGUAGCAGAAACAGCGAAGAGUCCACCUGCCUGAUUUUGCUGAGUGGCAGUCUACAUGCCUUCCCAGUGCUCACACUGCUCAUUGCUUUUGAGCACCUCCAUGUUCACUGUCAUCAUUAAACCCUCUCUUUGUCUCUCUAAGCCCCGCCCACCUCCAGCGCCUAGUUCAGAGGACAUUUUUUGUUAGUGCAUAGGAGGAGAUCAAAAAGUGAAGGAAUGAAAAGAGAAUAUGGUGAUUUAAUGUGGUUUCUCUUGGUUUUACUCUUUCCUGUAUUUUUUUUGGGGUUCAUUCUGUGUCAGUUAAUCAUCACUUCAUUGUAAAUAUAAAAAUAUUAUCAUCCAUUAAGUGGCUUUGUUAAGAUUCCAGCCUGGUUAAAAUUGAUUUGUUAUUGAGCUUCACGCUAGAUUUUGUGAAUGGUUGUGUGAUUGGGUGUGUGUAAGUCAAUAUGCGAGUAUGUGAGUGUGUUUCUUUCUAGGGAAGAGAAUGAAACCUUGUAGGAUAUCAUGCUUUCUUGUCUGCAAUCACAAUCUUUUCUUUUUUAGUUACAUUUUUUUUUCCAGCCACACGUUUUGUGGAUGUUUGUCCUUUCAAAAUUCCAACUUUUACCCUUCUGUUUAUUUUUUAUUUCACAUUUUACCUCAUGGACCAAUCAAAUCACCUGUUUUCUUAUUUAUUAUCUUUUUUUUUUUGGAGGGUUGAGGGUUACAAUGACAUGUAUUCAAUAUUAAUGGCACAAGGUAAAAAAAAAAUUCAGAUAAUAUAUAAGUGGAAUGUGCUGAGUGAAAGUGGGACAGAUGUUGGUUGAUCACAGUGAGCCUCUUUGUUGCUGUUUUCAUUCCAAAGCAUCUAUUAUUAAUACGAAUGUGCUUUUACAAAUAUAUAUCCUCUCUGUUGUUAUGCUGUAUGUUUAUCAUUUGUCUGUCCAGUCUCUUUGUUUUUUACUCUUUUGUUUCCUUUUUCUCUUAAGGCAGAACUGAAGUUGUUGCUUUUGUUUUGCAUUUUGACAUUGUGUUGAAAAUCCAACAAAAGGGGCCAGUAAACCUACGUUAAAAAAAAUAAAUAAAUGAACUGACGCUUGAAAUUCUUGAUGACAGUGUGAUCAUAGUAUAAAGAGAGAGGAUUGCAAAACCACACAUUGGCAGUGUUUACUGAACCAAAUUACAUCAUACUAAUAUGAAUGUAGAUUUCAAUGCAAAAACAAAUAAU